UAUGUUAACAUAAGAGAUAACGAAAAUAAAUAUGUUACUCUAAUAGAUAUAUGGAUUCCAUUUAUUUAAGACUUUGCCAUUUACUAAAGUUAAGUAAUUCUACCUCAACAGUUUUACACAAUAUUUUUAUUGUUAAGAUAUUUUGUAUAAUCAAAAUUAGAAGGUAUGUUAAGUGUUUUUGGUGAUAAGUGGUAUCUUUGAAUUAAGAGAAAUAACAGAAACUAAUACAAAAUCUAUUAGUAUUUAUACACCUGGUUAAUUGAUAGGAGAUUUUGAGUGUGUCAAUUAUUAUUAUACUAGAAAGUAAUAAGCUAUCUGUAUUAGUGAUGAAGGAUCAGUCUUGGUUUUUGAUGGCAUUUAUUUUUUAAAUUCUAUAUUACCAAAUAUUAAAUCAAAUUUUGUAGCUAAAUAAAUAAAUGAAUUUAAAUAGACAUAAUAAAGUAUUUAGAUGAAAAAGACAUUAUAAAGAAUAUUUCCAGAAUAAUCUAUUGAAUAAUCAUCAUAAUUAUAACUCAAUCAAACAAGUACUAAACAUUUUAGAUUUGCUAAAUUAUCAAACCCUCGAUUUUUCAAAUUAAAAUAAAGCCCUGAAAAACAUAUAACUCAAAUUCAAAACAGUCUAAGUAUUAAUAGAUCUUAAUAAUAAUUAUUAUCAACAAGUCAUAAUAAUAAAGUAUCAGUUUUAUCAUUUUCUACAAAAUAGGAAUCAUUUUAAGGAAAUCUCAAAGGUAGAUUAUUAAGAAAUGAAUUAUUAAAUAAGUUUAUAAAUUAAUAAUCAGAAUAUUAGGAUGUUGUGUAGAAAUUAAGAAGAACUUAAUCUUAAUUGGGCAUCAAUAAAUGA